AUGUGGGCACCUCAAACAACCAAUCGGUCGCGAUAUUGGCCCGCUGACGACCGGCAACGGACAGCCGAGUUCCAACCGAGUGGCGAUCCUUCACGGAGCGCAGGCUACGCCCAGCCUAUCGGCGAGCAGUCCCGACUCCCCGGAGAAGACCCCUGGCUAGCAGGAGAUAUUGAGCGGGCGGGGCAGGGCUCCUUGCCUUGGAUGAAUUUUCACUGGCCACCGCUCUCGGCCCGAGAGCUCACUCAUACCGGCUCGCCCAACACUCCAUCCGAGCGUGUGCUCGAGACCCCCCUUUGGGCCAGCAGCGACUUGCAUACGAGUCCCGCUCAGCAGACCGCUUCCCUUUGGCAUGCAGCAGAUGGCAUCAAUAUUGAUCCAAGUACUGCCACUACUGUUCAAGAUACAGGCCACUUACGUCUCGGACGACCUGUCUCGUACGACCCUGACGCUGACUUUGACACCAACGCUUCAGACACAGAUUGGAGCCCUUCCUUCGGUAACAUCGGGGGCGAGCGGGAUCUCAAAGGCGGAGAGGAUGACACCUAUGUGAUCGUCGGACGGGAGUCUGAGAAUGAGCUUUCGGCGACUUUACCACAAUCACCCGACGCGAUGGACAUCGACGAUGCGGGGUCGCGCGUGCCCGGCGCGAGGUUGCAGACGACAUGUAUUAGGCAGAAGCAGACUAUCAGAUCCGCGCGCAAAGUGUACCUCAAAGUCAAGCAACGACAAAUGACACUCAUGAGUCGAGGGAUCGGCCGAACUUUGGACCUCAACGCUUCAAAUAUGCCUCUCGGCUAUCUGGACAGUCUGAUCAGCCAGACGGAUGAUGCCGCUUACAGCAGGAAGUACAAGGGAUACGCGAUUCACGAGACUUGCGAUGCGACCGGGAAGAGGUUAUACCAUUUUCUCGACCCAAAGACCGCUAUGAACGUCGCCGGUGGGGUACACCAACUGAUUGAGGUACGAACACGGACCACGUUUGACUUCCCGGACCUGAUCAAAGAUCAAGAACCGAUUCGACAAUACUCCACUCGCAGCACAGGCCAUCCACUGGCCAUUUCAGGCGUCGCGACAUCGCCCCGGAUGGAAGCUGGUGAUGGCCUCGACGCUGAAUUUGACCUCGGCCCUGACAUUGAAGACCCUGACUGGCUCGCCUUUAUGGAUGGAGUUGACCGCGAACUAGGUCUUGGCUCCAACCACGAUCAAGCACCGCACAUAGCCACUGCAAGGCGGAACGUAUCCGCUGGUCGCAUUAAUGCCGAACGAAAAAGAUUCGCCACCAUCCGACAGCGACAAGUGACGCUUAUGACGCGAGGGAUCCGUCGCACGCCUGCCGCUUGCCCCUCAGACAUGCCUCUGACCCUCCUGGACAAGCUGGUGACCUUCACCGAGAACUCAGAUCCCGACGAGUAUGCAGGUUACGCGAUCCACAUGAGUCGUGCGGCAGAUGGGAAGAGGAUCUACUCGUUCCUCGACCCGCAGGCAGCCAUCAGGGUGGGAGAGACGACGUUGCCGCUCCUCGCGACACCCUCCGCACCAGCAGUCGAAACUCAUCUUGAAGAUGCUCACCCUGGAACGACGACUUUCUCGAGACCUGUGUCAUCACGGGGUUCAAAGCAGUCCCGAGGCGCCCGCAGGGACCGCAGGGAGGAUCGUGAGCGUCGGCUUCGGCGCUUGGCUAAGGCGUAUUUUAUCCUCGAAGCUCGCGGUGUGCGCCGGACGUCCCAGUUUCCCACGCAGCGUGCGCCUCCCAUCUACGUGGAGGGAGUCAUCGCCCAUAUCGACCUCCUGUCAGUGGAUCCGCUUUCUGAAGAGCCAGAGUGUUCGGGGCUAGUCCUGCAUAAUACCGCCGGAGAGGGUUGGGCUUGA